GACCUUUCCCUUUUGGUUUAAUAUCUUGCUAGUGAGGUUGUUAAAUAGACAAUUUCGCAUUUAGCAUGACAGCAUAUUUCUUUCCCUAAUAUUCUUACAAUCCUAAUGACCUUGACUCUAACGCAUUCCGGUAUUCCAUUAUCAUUCCUUUGCAAUCUAAAUGAAAAACAUAGGCUGCGUUCGCGUGUUCUUGUUAGGAGUGUAGGUAAUAACGAAUCACGGGAAUCAGUUGUGAUCAGUGGUGUUUCUUCUGUUAACAAGAAGGAUGCCUAUGUAGCUGAAUGUGAUGUUGGAGGAAAAAAGAGUAAGCAAGACGCUCCUGAAGAACUGGAAGUACUUUGGGAUGACGGUUUUGGGACUCAAACCACUGAUGAUGGCAUUGAAAUAGCCAUGAAUUUGAUUAAGAGUGAUGGGGGGCCUCCUAGGUGGUUCUGCCCCAUGGCAUGUGGCAAACCUAUUAAAAAUUCUCCAGUUCUUUUGUAUUUACCUGGGAUAGAUGGGACCGGAGCCGGCCUUGUUAUACAUGAGAAAACUCUUGGGAAGGUUUACAAUGUUCAAUGCUUGCAUAUUCCAGUUUGGGAUCGAACAUCAUUGGAAGGUUUGAUUCAUAUUGUGGAAGAAAUUGUGAUGAUUGAGCGCACUUUAUCCCCAAAUAAGCCAAUUUAUUUGCUUGGAGAAUCUUUUGGCGGAGCCUUAGCACUUUGCGUCGCUGCUCGCAAUCCUACAGUUGACUUGAUACUUAUACUAGCAAAUCCAGCAACUGCUUAUGAGAGGUCACCAUUGAACUUCCUACCAUCACUUUUGGAGGAUUUGCCUGAAGAAUAUUAUGGGAUCUUUCCUUAUGCCAUGAGCCCCCUUGUUUGUGAUUAUAUAAAGAUGGCAAUGAUUAAAAGCUAUGGUAGAAAUCAUGUGGAAUCUCUUUGGCAAAUGUUUGCUGGUUUUUGUAAAGAUCUACCACUCAUUUCUGUGAUGCUCAAAAUAUUACCCAAAGACACUCUCACAUGGAGGUUGAAGCUUGUUCAGUCAGCUGCUGCCUAUGCUAAUUCUCGUCUCCAUGCUAUUACAUCUCAAGUACUUGUGCUUGCUAGUGGCAGGGACAACAUAUUGCCAAGUAAAAAUGAGGCCCAGAGGCUUUUUAGAAUAUUGAAACACUGCGAUGUGCGUGUCUUCGAGGAAAAUGGGCAUACAAUCCUAUUGGAGAGUGGUGUUAAUGUUCUUACUGCUAUUAAAACCACUUACAUGUAUCGACGUUCUUCAAAGCAUGAUAUCUUGAAAGACUUUUUGCCUAUUAGUAUAACAGAGUUCAAAAACCUACCUGUAGAGACUUGGUGGUACCAUCUUUAUAUAGAUGCGGUAAUUUUCUCAACCAUGGAGAAUGGGAAAAUAGUGAGAGGUCUUGAAGGGAUUCCAGACGAAGGACCUGUGUUGAUUGUUGGUAAUCACAUGCUAAUGGCGUUUGAUGUGUUUCCAAUUGUCUCAGAGUUUAUGAGGGAAAAGAAAAUCACGCUUCAUGGUCUAACACACCCGGAAUUUUUUAACAUAGAUGUCGAACGUGAAUACUAUAUAAUUCCCUUAGCCGAUGUACUAAGGGUAGGUGGCUCGAUUCCGGUUUCUGGAAGAAACUUCUUCAAAUUGUUAGCGAAAAAGUCGCACGUAUUACUCUACCCUGGUGGUUUACGGGAGGGUCUCCAUCGUAAGGGUGAGGCUGGCAAGUUGUUUUGGCCGGAUAAACAAGAAUUUGUAAGAAUGGCAGUGAAGUUUGGGGCCACCAUUAUACCAUUUGGAGGAGUUGGGGAAGAUGACAUAUUAGAACUACUUGUUGAUUAUAACGACAUGAAGAGAAACCCUCUUCUUAAUCACAUGGUGAACACAAUUAAUCAAGGGAGAACAAACUUGAGGGAGGGGGUUGGAGGAGAGAUUGCGAAGCAACAAUUUCAUAUGCCACUAUGGCUGCCGAAGCCACCAGGUCGACUUUACUUUAAGUUCGGGAAGCCUAUACGAACAAAAGGGAAAGAAGAUAUGUUAAAUGACAAUGAUUAUUUGCAAGAGUUAUAUUUGCAGAUAAAAAGUGAUGUUGAAAAGAACAUAGCUUAUUUGUUAGAGAAACGAGAGGAAGAUCCUUAUAGAAGUAAUGUUGAAAGGAUUUUGUGGCGAAUGAAGCAUGGGUCAUUAGAUCAAAUUCCAUCUUUCGAGCCAUAAAUGUUGAGUCGUAGACACACAUGAGUUUAAAUCGUGAAAUGUAUUCAUGCGUAAACAAAAACCAAUCUAAUCAAGAGGAGUACAUGUUGUAAUGCU